CAUUGACAACAAUAACAAAACAAUUGUUAAAAACAUGAUAAAUAUGUAAAUAUUAAGUUACUUAUUGAUCAUUUAAUUACCUCCACCUUAAUGCUUAAGAUUAGAAACGUGAUAAGGAGAAGGUGCUUAUUUAGUGUAAGAUAUUUUAGGCCAUAUCAAAACUCAUGUAAUCGGUCUUAUAUCCCCACCACAGUUUUAUCACGUAUUGAUAUUUUUUCAAACCAUUCAAAGAUAAAAUUGCCUUUCAUUAUAUCAUCGAACAUGGCAGCGACGUGGUCUAUGGGCCCUGGCACUCUUGAAGUGCCGCUAUCUUUGUUCGCAACAAACCGAGAAAGAUUAGCAAAUAAACUCAAAAGUGGACAAAUAGUGGUUUUGCAAGGAGGUGAAGAUGUGAACCACUAUGAUACUGAUGUACAAUAUGUAUUUAGACAGGAAGCCUAUUUUACAUGGGUUUGUGGAGUUAGAGAACCCGGUUGUUAUUUUGCCCUAGAUGUUAGUACAGGCAAGUCUUACCUCUUUGUGCCCAGACUUCCUGAGGAGUAUGAAGUCUGGAUGGGCAAACUGCAUGCCUGUAGUGACUUCAAAAACAUAUAUGCAGUUGAUGAAGUCUAUUAUGUUGAUGAGAUAAAAGAUGUACUCAAAAGUUUGAUGCCAGAAACAUUGCUGACAUUGUCUGGCCCAAACACGGACAGUGGCUUGACAGCCCGAGAAGCCAUUUUUAAUGGAAUUGAUGAGUUCAAUGUGGAUAAUGAAUCCUUAUUUCCCAUUAUCGCAGAAUUGCGCGUUAUCAAAACGCCAGAGGAAAUUGCUGUAAUGCGAUAUGUAUGCAAAGUCUCAUCUGACGCACAGAAACAGGCAAUUUAA